UUCGUCGGCACUCUGCCGCGAGUCGCUCGCUCGUUUCGCAGCUGAUCUUACAUUUUACAUACGUGACGGGGUACACCGAGGUAAUACAAAAUAGAAAAAACAUUGAAGAAAAAAUAAGGGAAAAGACAAAAGCAACGUUGCGAUCCUGACGAUCGACGUCGCUCUUUGGAACACGUUACCAAAGUUCUUUUCCAUUUUUCAACUAUUUUUAAAAACGCGAUUGGGGGGCAAAAAUAUAUUUUUCUGUAUCUCAUUUUUCCCUUAAAGUAUUACACUUUAUUUGACGGUGAGAUUUUGUCACCCAAUUUAUACGCUCUUGAUCCGUUUUAAUUUGUGAUCCAGCAUGAUCUACAUAGUAUCAACGAUCUAUCGUAGUAUAUCUGAGUGAUCAAAAUUUCUGUGGGCAGCUGCUGCUGUUGCUGCUUCUACUGGAAAAAAGAAAGGAGGGCGUCCCUUCGCGGCGAGGCACCGUUAUUCUCACCGUGGUUCUCAACAUAAAUCUGUAUUAAAACCGAAUAUUCAGGAUGUCACCCACGAUAAGAAUGCGAGUAUUUCCGGUACUCGUUGUUAUGUUGGGAUCUUGUGUUAUUUCGUAUCAAGUUUUUGCCGAGGACGUUGUUAGUCCAACUGCAGGAGAAAACUUUGGACGCCACUAUAACUCGAGGUACUCAGUUUUUGAUGAACCUUACGAUGUAGAGUUCAAGUACCACAACUACGAACAGAUGAGCCGUUUCCUCAGAGCCACAUCGCUCAGGUACCAGAAUCUUACGGCGCUUUAUUCCAUCGGGAAGUCCGUUAAAGGCAGGGAUCUAUGGGUAAUCGUAGUUUCAUCUUCUCCCUACGAACAUGUUGUUGGAAAUCCAGAUGUGAAGUACGUUGCUAAUAUUCAUGGGAAUGAGGCCGUUGGCCGUGAAUUGAUGCUACAUCUUGUUCACCUCUUGGUCACUAAAUAUGGAACCGAUCCAUACAUAACGUGGCUUUUGGACAAGACGCGAAUCCAUAUUUUACCGUCGAUGAACCCUGAUGGUUUCGAAGUUUCGAAGGAAGGGUCGUGCGAAGGAGGUCAAGGAAGGUACAACGCUCGUGGUUUCGAUUUGAAUCGUAACUUUCCCGAUUACUUCAAGCAAAACAAUAAGUGGAGCCAACCAGAAACAGAAGCUGUCAAAGAAUGGGUUUCGAAGAUUCAGUUUGUCUUGUCCGGAAGUUUACAUGGUGGAGCUCUCGUUGCCAGCUACCCCUUUGACAACACACCAAACUCGAGAAUAUGUCGUUCAGCCCCGUUAUGCGCAGUGUUCCAGAGUUAUAGCUCGACUCCGAGCGUAUCACCGGACGAUGACGUCUUUCGUCAUUUAUCAUUAACGUAUUCUCAAAAUCAUGGUACAAUGCAUCGAGGUGCAGCUUGUUCAUCAACUCAGCCUGGAUUCAAAAAUGGUAUUACAAACGGUGCGGAGUGGUACCCACUUACAGGUGGUAUGCAGGAUUUCAAUUACGUUUGGAACGGUUGCAUGGAAAUAACCCUCGAAUUAUCCUGCUGUAAAUAUCCACCGGUGGAGGAUCUCCCGCGUUACUGGGACGAAAACCGAGUGGCGCUCGUUAAAUUUCUUGCCGAAGUUCAUCGUGGUGUUCAUGGUUUCGUCAUCGAUGAGAACGGUAAUCCGGUUGAAAAAGCAUCUCUUAAAGUGAAAUCUCGCGAUGUUGGUUUCGUAACUACAAAAUACGGUGAAUUCUGGAGAGUCCUACUUCCCGGAAUCUAUAAAUUAGAGGUCUACGCUGACGGGUAUCUACCCCGAGAAGUCGAAUUCAUGGUAGUUGAACAGCAUCCAACGCUCUUGAAUGUCACUCUUCGGGCCACCAAGAGGCAUGACAUCAACAGCGGAAAUGAUGAUGGAAGAACCGGGGUUUACGUGGGGCGACCACCUUCCCAUAGAGAACAGAGACCAGGAUCGCCUUAUUUCACACAGGGACAGUACAGGCCGAAUUCAGGGGCAAAUACGGCGUCUGGUGAUCCUGGGAAUGGAAUUUUUUCGUCAAUCAGCAACGGUUUUAAUUCAAUAGUCACGAAUCUUUUUGGUUAAUAGUUUUAUGUUAAUUACGAAACCUAUUAUUCUAUACCUAAAUAAUUAAUUGAAAAAGGGCCACCGCUAACCAUCACGCAUAUACAUACAGAUUAAUGACAUUAUAAGGAAAUAACGUGCUUAAAAUACCUGUAUAGAACCUAAUCUCCUCUGCCAAGGACUUUAGUUGUCACGUACUAUGAUUUUGAUCGGUUAUAAAAAAAAACUCGGAUUUUUCAUACAUAAAUUUUUAAAUGUAAGCCGUUAUUGUAUUUGUCGAUCAAUUUCAUCAUCCAUUGUAUAAUUUCCUAACCAGGUUAUUUAUUGUUAUUUAUUUGAUUGACUAAUCUUCUAAACGAUUGAUAUUAUACGUGUAUUAAAAAUAAACGGGUCUUUCUACUUACAAUUAGAUUACGACAGUUAGAGCGUAUAAUAAUCUGGAAUAAACACUAAUUUUUAUUA